AUGCCCAAAAGGAAAGAACCAGAACAUCCAGAGCUUCGGCGUCCAAGCACGAAACGAGCCAAAGAGAUUGAUGCAAAUACCCCUUAUGAUCAGCUCACGCCCCUUCUGGUGUCACAACAACCGCCCAAGGGUGUCGGUCUUGUCUUGCAUUGGUUUCGGAGCAAAGAUCUUCGAAUCUACGACAACCGAGCCUUGAAUGCGGCAUCCGCGUUUGCCAAAGAGUCUAAUGCGCCCUUGCUUUGUGUUUAUCUGCACUGUCCUGGGGAACUUAGAAGACAUGGCACUUCACCGGCCAGGAUGGACUUUGUCUGCGAAAAUCUGCAGCUCAUGAAGUCCGAGUUGAACAGCCUGCAUAUUCCGUUGGUCUUUCUUGAGGCCACCAGGCGUCUCGACCAGGUGCCAACCAUCGUUCAGUUCAUCCGUGAGAACGGUAUUUCGCACGUUUUUGCCAAUUUCGAGUAUGAAAUCGACGAGCUUCGCCGUGACAUCAAGUUCCUGCAGGAAGCCAAAAACGCAGACUCCGGCCAUGGUGGAUUUCAUGUCUCUCUCCAUCACGACCAGACGGUUAUGGAACCGGGCACGAUGCUCACGAGCAGUGGUACCCCGAUGAAAAUAUUCACUCCUUACCACAAAGCCUGGUUAGCCGAGGUGAAAGCCAACCCAAGUUUGCUGCAUACUGUACCGCCUCCUGCUAGAAAUGCACCUAAGGCCAAGAAAGCUCUGCUGUCUUUUUUCGGCAGCCCCGUCCCCAGGCCCCCUGAAGAGAAACAAUUCUCAAGCGAAGCAGAACGAUCGAGCAUCCGGGCACUUUGGCCAGCAGGCCAUGACGCCGCCGUACAGCGGCUGAACGAAUUUCUCUCCGAUAAGCUCGCCGACUAUGCAGCUACACGGUCCAACCCGGCAAAAGACUCAACGUCACGGCUCUCGGCAUAUCUGAGCUCGGGGGUAAUUUCUGUACGAGAAGUGCUGACGGCUGUUCGCAAGCAUAAUUCUGGCUCAGCCGAUUUUUCGUCGCACGGUGCCGACGCUGGAUUAUCUGGGUGGGUGCGUGAGCUCGUGUUCCGCGAGCUAUAUCGGCAAACAACGCUGACCACGCCACACACGGCAAUGAACCUGCCGCAAAAUCUCAAAUUUGAAUUCGUGCAAUGGGAGGAUGACGAAGAGGGAUACGAUCGAUGGGAGAAGGGGACGCUUGGGGUGCCUUUUGUCGACGCCGGGAUGCGCCAAAUCAAGGCUGAGGCGUACAUGCAUAACCGUUUGCGCAUGAAUGUGUCGUCCUACCUCUAUUGUAACCUCUUGAUCGACUAUCGGCGUGGCGAGCGUUACUUUGCUGAAACUCUCAUCGAUUGGGACCUCAACAACAACACCCAGGGAUGGGAGCCUGGUUAUACCGUGUUCAAUCCAGUUAGCCAGGCCGAGAAGAAUGAUCCUGAAGGCGAGUAUAUCCGCAAAUGGAUACCGGAGCUGAGGAGUGUCAAGGGCAAGGCGAUUUUUGAUCCGUACAAUCGCUUGGAGAGAGCCGACUUUGAGAAGCUCGGGUACCCAAAGCCUUAUGUCAAUUGGCAUGAGACGAAACAGCGAGCCAUUGAAAGGUUCAAGAGCAGCAUGAGGGAUGUUGAGCCUUGA